GCAUGAUGGUAAGAUAUGUAUUUCCAUCAAAAUAAAUGGCAAUAUUUUGUAAUAGGAUUUAUUUUGGCCGGCAACUGUUUUAUUUAUCAGCUUUUCAUUUUUUGGGGGGGGGGCAAUAUCCGGCUAACGGAAACCCUGACACACACAGACCUGUUUCCCAAUGCUCGGUGUCUUUUUGAACGGGAUCCUCUUUACUCUCAGGAGGAGAAUGAGAAGAAGGCGUUGAAGGAGCCCUCAGACGCUGAGCCAGCAUCAGCAGAGAGUGUGGCACGCAAAAGGAGGGGUCCCCUAAAGCACAUCAAAUUUGGGACCAACAUCGACGUGUCGGACGAAAGAAAGUGGAAGCUACAACUGCAGGAGCUGAGUAAGCUGCCUGCGUUCGCCAGGGUGGUGUCUGCUGGCAAUCUGCUCAGCCACGUAGGACACACCAUCCUGGGCAUGAACACUGUCCAGCUCUACAUGAAGGUCCCCGGCAGCAGGAUACCAGGUCAUCAGGAACACAAUAACUUCUGCUCUGUCAACAUCAACAUCGGCCCUGGGGACUGUGAGUGGUUUGCUGUGCCAGAACCCUACUGGGGCGUGAUGAGCAACUUCUGUGAAAAAAACAACAUCAACUUCCUGAUGGGUUCGUGGUGGCCCAACCUGGAGGACCUGUAUGAGGCAGAUGUGCCUGUCUACCGGUUUAUCCAGCGGCCAGGGGACCUGGUGUGGCUCAACACGGGCACCGUCCACUGGGUCCAGGCCAUCGGCUGGUGCAACAACAUUGCCUGGAACGUAGGACCCCUCAGUGCCCACCAGUACAAGCUGGCCGUGGAGCGUUACGAGUGGAACAAGCUCCAGAGCGUCAAGUCCCAUGUCCCCAUGGUGCACCUCUCCUGGAACAUGGCCCGCAACAUCAAGGUGUCCGACCACAAGCUCUUCCAGAUGAUCAAGUACUGCCUGCUGAGGACUCUGAAGCAGUGUCAGUCGGUGAAGGAGGCUCUAGCCGCGGCAGGGAAGGAGACGCUACUGCAGGGCAGGAACAGGGAUGAGCCUGCGCACUACUGCACCAUCUGUGAGGUGGAGGUGUUUAACCUGCUGUUUGUGCGGAGCGAGCUCCUCUCCAGGAAGCAGAAGCAGUACGUGGUUCACUGCCAGGACUGUGCCCGGAAAGGCAGCGCCGAGCUGGACAACUUUGUGAUUGUAGAGAAACACCGGAUGGAUGAUCUCAUGCAGGUCUACGACCAGUUCACACUAGCCCCUCUGCAUUCAUCUUCAUCUUGACAUUAGACAUCCCUUCAGCUUCUCUGGGGCGACCAAGCAUUACAGGAACUUUCAUUUCAAAGGAAAAAUUGACCAUUUCUGAUAUUCAGGAAAGUCGAGACAGUCUCCCCGUAUGGCUGUUCUCCAUAGCAACGGCUGGAGGCAGCAGCGGCUGCGUGUGUCUAUGCAACCUGUCAAGUGCGCCGUGUCAACCCCCCUCUUCCCCCUGGGGGGCGCCAGAGAGCGCACUUCCCAACACAGGACUCCCCCUUGUAACAAUGGUUCAGCUCUUUUUAAUGGAGGACUUAAUCCAAAAACAUAUGGGAAAGGGGUGGGAAUUAUUGAGUGAAGAUGUUUUGUAGAUAUUGUAUCUGUCACAACUGGCAACACCACCCUAAAAGACUACUGACUGGACAACCUGUUCUCUCUUUUUUAAAUUCUGUUAACAGGCUGAGAUGUGAUCCCUUUGUUUUCCUUCCCUCUAAGGAGCACUAGCCUAACUGGUCUUUUUCUAUGGUAGAUAGUAAUUUUAAGACUCUUUGGAUGGCAAAAUCUACAAAAAAAAUUGUAAUGUGAAGAGUUUAGGUGAUUAUCCUUUUUUUUCAGUUUUUGUUUUAUCUUUGUUAUUUUGGAGCUAUGACGUUCAGCUUUUGUUUUAUCUUUGUUAUUUUGGAGCUAUGACGUUCAGUUUUUGGUUGUUUAUUAGGUUUUUUAAAAAAGAGGAAAAAUGUUGGGGAAAAUCAAUAGCCAAGUCACAAAGAAAAAUGGGUUGCACAUUGACCUAAAGGAGAAUUUCGCUUUUUUUUAUAACCAAAUAUGUUUUUAAUGUAAAUGGCAUGUUUAUUGAAGGGUCCAGACAGUUUUUUUGCCAUUUCACUUGAUUUGAGAAACUUCCUCGUUGUGCAGUAUGUGGGCUCUGAAAAAUGAACAACGGCUCCGAAAACACCCCAAUAUGUCCUUUUUGAAAUGGAAACACUGUGUACAGAUGACAUCGUCAUUCUGAACUUUAUCUGCAACGUUAUAUUCCAUUUUGUUGCGACUCAAGUGAUACCAUUCUACAGGUCACAGCUAAAACACUUGCGUAAAUGAGGGGUACAAAGUAUAUUGAAAGGAGAUGCUUCCACACAGGAAGUUCCAGACGCUUGUAGAAUCGAUGCCAAGGUGCAUUGAAGCUGUUCCGGCAGCUCUUGUUGUCCCAACACCCUAUUAAGACGCUUUGUUGGUGUUUCCUUUAUUUUGGCAGUUACCUGUAGCAGCAGUCUACACAGAGAUUGAAACAGCUGGAUGUGGGAAAUGUCUUGAGACGUACAAAAUGGAAUAUAGCACUGCGGAGUGACACAAUUUCAAAGACCUGCAUCACGUUUUUUUCAGGGCCCCCAUACUGCACAACGAGGAUGAGGAAAUGAUUCGCUGGUUGUGUUUCUCAAACAAGUGAAAUCGCAUGAAAAUGUACACUUCAAUAACAUUCCAUUUACAUCAAAAUACACAUUUGGUUGUAAAAAAAGUUUACUACUCCUUUUAAGGAAUAAAGUUUGAUUUGUGAUUUUUAUGUUUCUAAUCUUGAUGUAAAUUUACACUAUUUAUAAAUACAUAUUUAUUGCUUGAAAAUAUUUGUUGAUGGAAUGCUGUUAUUUUUUUCCAGAGUACCUGCCAUUAAAUUUGAAGGAGUUUUGUCAUUUUAACACAACUCCUCGUACAUUUUCUAUAUAUAAAUAAAACUGCUAAGCAAGCGUUGUACAGAAACUUACAUUUAAAAUUGUUUUAUUGUUUUGAAGAAUGUUUUAUGAUGAGUCAUUAAACACAAUUGUCAAAUAA